GGGACAUAACCUCAUAAUCCUAAGUAAACCCGUUAGGCUAGCCGUAGGCAAAUAGCUCUUUGAUGUUUCUUUGGAAGAUAUCUUUUCAUAUAGAGCCAUUGGUCUACUCAAUGCCACAAGCAUUGUCACUUUUAUGUCAUCAAUACACAAAACACCGGAUUGCUCGUAUUAUAGAUCUACCAAAUCAAAUUCCUGCUAAAAGUUGAGCUUGUUAAUUACCUGGUACUUAACCUACUUAAAGCUGCCAACGCCGAAAGCUCAUAUCCAUACGUGCCUAAUCUGUUAGGGUUAACGUAUACCGAAAUGAGAGAGGUGAGCCAUAUUUCCAGCCGCACAAGCUACGAUUACGGGAUAUCACUUUCGUAGCAAAUAUAGUCUUGGUAUAUAAGCGUGAUGCCUGGGACAGGCGCGGGAGACGAGUCAACCAAGUACCCCUGCGUCCGGUCCCGGCUGGAAAACAGGUACAUCUAUCAUGCACGAGACUUGUGGGUCGUAUACAGCAUUGCUAUAUUUCUGGCCGCGGCCGGGGCAGGGGCAGGCACUCUCGCGAUCCUAGAGAAUGAGGGGGUGCUGCGCAAUACGCGAUUCUCUAGCAUCGUAGCAGCAACUCGGGGACCGGCGUUGGAAAAACUGGGUUGGGUUGGAGAAGAUCGGGGUAAUCUACCACGGGACAUUAAAAACUUGAAGGUUGGCUACGGAAUCGUUCAUAGGAUGAGUGGUCUUGAGGUUCUACAAGAGGAUACGCGAUAUCCCGAAAGAAGGGUUUAGGAUGGCGGUGAUGUGUAUUAUGGUUUCGGAUUAGAAGGCGACGUCCGGCAGCUGAGGAGUGAGGGUAAUAUGUUCCGUCAAAGGUGAAUGUUUAUAUCAGUAGACAAUCAGACCUCUUUAUUUUCA